AUGAUGACAACUAUUCGCAAGAAGCUAGUCGUUGUUGGUGAUGGUGCAUGUGGUAAAACGUGUUUGUUGAUUGUCUUUACCAAGGACCACUUUCCAGAAACUUAUAUACCGACUGUAUUUGAAAACUAUGUAGCAAAUAUGGAAAUUGACGGAAGACUCGUGGAACUGGCUUUGUGGGAUACAGCAGGCCAAGAAGAUUAUGACAGACUUCGCCCUUUAUCCUACCCGGGCACCGAUGUCGUACUCAUCUGUUUUGGAAUAGAUGAUCCAGACAGUUUGGCAAAUGUACCAGAGAAGUGGGUCCCUGAAGUUCGCCAUUUUUGUCCGAAUGUACCGAUCAUUUUAGUAGGGAACAAGAAGGACUUGAGAUGCGAUGAUGUCACCCGUUCUGAACUUGCCGAUAGGAAUCGAAAACCUGUCUCAGUAGAACAAGCGUAUUUUGUUGCUCAAGCAAUCGAUGCCUAUGCAUACAUUGAGUGCUCUGCUAAAUAUAAAGAUGGUGUGACCCAAGUGUUCGGAGUAGCCCUUAAAGCAGCUUUGGAGAAACGAAAGAAAAAUACUUGUGUUCUAUUGUAA